CACGACCAAAACAGAUAAUACGGACAAGACGGACAGUACCUUACAGUCAAUACAGUCAAUACAGACAAUACAGACAAUACAGACCAGAUAACGCGUCCGCCGCUCAAAGCAGCCAGCAUGUUCUUCCCACCAUCCGGCAGCUACAGCAUCGACAUUGAAACCAUUUCGGGAGUAUGCGGCUCCAUAUCCAUCGCGUGUUGGGUCGUCGUCUUCAGUCCUCAAAUCAUUGAGAACUUCCGCAGAAGCUCGGCGGAAGGGCUGAGUGUCGAAUUCAUCAUCAUCUGGUUGCUCGGCGACAUCUUCAACAUCCUCGGUGCCGUGUUUCAGCAUGUCUUGGCGACAAUGCUCAUUUUGGCCAUAUACUACACGCUGGCCGACAUUGUCUUGCUGGGCCAGUACUUCUACUAUACCGGCUUCCGCCUCCGCGAUCCCAAACCACCUGUCAAGCACGCCAGGACCGAAGAUGGGCCUGCCGCUGCCACUGCCACUGAGCGAUCGCCGCUGAUCACCAACGGCCACGCUAAUGGUCAUUCGAGUCCCGCCAGAGCACCUCCUCCAAAUGCAGCAGAUGUCGAGAGACGUGCACGCUCGAGCUCGGCCUUCAGGGACCGGUUGCUCAGCCUCGACUACGCUCACUCUUCACCAGCUGUUCCGAUUCACGACCAGCCGAAAAAUGCCCCAGACGCAGAUGCGAUGAAGCCCUCUCAACCACGGUCGUUGCUGCAGUCCGUGCUGUUCAAUGGCACAGCAAUCCUGCUUGUCGUGCUCGCUGGCAUAGCGGGCUACUACUUGACUCCGUCGGCACCGGAAGAAAAGCGCGGGCAUGCAGCAGACGACCAAGCGGAUAGCCUGGAGUUCAGCACUCUCGGCCAGAUCUUUGGUUAUAUCUGCGCUGUCCUGUAUCUUGGCAGCCGUGUUCCCCAGCUCCUGCUCAACUACCGAAGAAAGUCCACGGAAGGUCUGAAUGCGUUGUUCUUCCUCUUUGCAUGCAUUGGCAACCUUACCUAUGUCUGCUCGAUUCUUGCAUUCCAGCCCAUCUGUAGCCACCACCGACAUGGCCACUGGCAAGAAAGUCAUUGUAAGCCUGGCGAAGCGCAAGCAAUCUACGGUCGUUACAUUCUCGUCAACCUCAGCUGGCUUCUAGGCAGCCUGGGGACCCUGUUCCUGGACUUUGCUGUGUUUGUGCAAUUCUGGCUGUAUCGCGACAGCGAAGAUACCUCGGAGAAUGGUGUUGUGGUCGCGAACGUGGGCGAAGACCGAGGAAGAGAGACGAACACUCGUUAGAAUAGAACACCCCAGGCCAUCUGACCUCAUUCACCCAGCCACAAAGCGUACACAGCAAGACGCCGGCUGGACACAUAUCCACUGCAUUCCUCGCGAGUAACCUGGACCCAAGUCCAUCCAUAGGGCUUUCUAAGGAAGCUACAUGUA